UACAGACAUGUUUUGUUUACAACUUUUAAAAUUAAUGUUUGAUCGAUAAUAAUCCUUUCCGAUCCAAGCUGGUUAUAGCUUUUGGAAAUUCAGUUUGUUUCGUUAAUCUGUCCAAUCAUGAACGUUAAAGUUACGAAAAAAUCAUCGCCUCGUCGGCCGGCUCAAGAAGUACCUCAAUAUCAGAAACGACGUACCGUAGCUGACCAUGUAAAAGAUAACAUGCUGUGUGCAGGAAAACAGAACUACCAUCAACGCAUAAUUUUUGUGGUGCAUCACAUACAUUCGGAUAAAAAAGACCGAGUUAAAGAACUUCGAAAAACAUUAAAUAAACUGGUCAUUGCGUCCAAUCAAGCGGCUACUAGUGAUAAAUUGACAGGACUGAUGAUGUUCUACAGUGAAUAUUCGGUGUAUAUGGUUGAAGGCGGAGAAGAGAAUAUUGGAAAUUUUAUGAAAUCAUUCAGCGGUGCUACAAAAGAGUUCUUUGCUGAAGGCAAGGUCGUGCUAAUUUACAACAAUUCAAAUAGGAGAUUUUUCGGAAAAAUGUAUUAUGCAUACGCCAUCCCAAAUGAAAAGUUCUCAUCCGAAAAUCUGGAAGACCACGAACUGAUCGGAAAUAUUAUCGAAAAAGUGACUAAAAUUUGUCUGCAAAUAGUCGAGAAUCCAGCGACCAUUGACGAUACUUCGCACAUCAAAACGGACGAUGUGGAAAUGUUGCCCCAAAUAGAGUUGCUGGAGAAAAUUUUAAGAAUACCUUCACUGCAAUCAAUCACAGAAUUUGCGGACAUUUUCUGUUGUGUUCCAGAAUUUUUCGAUUACGAAACGAAUGUUUGGCCACAUCCAUAUGACUUUCUGCCGGAUAAUGUAUUUGACUGGGGAAAAUUUGAUGUUAAUUUGACCAAACAGUAAACUCCAAACGAACACUUCUCUAAUGUGUUUUACGUGCUAGAUAUUUUAAGACCUAAAAUUUUCGGAAAGAGCUCAUUAAAUCUA